AGCUUGUUAGCCUCCAGCCCGUUGAACCGAGGCAGAGGCGGCAGUCAGGCAGUCAGUCAGUCAGUCCCGGUGAGGAGAGCCGAGAAAUGUUGGUCAGUUUGAGUGUUUGACUGGAGGAAGUGGUCCGCCUCACUCACUGUGCUCUCAGCAAACAUUCACUGUUUGUUUGUUUGUUUGUUUGUUUGUUUUUUGUUGUCUCCGGACACUGGAGCGAUGUGUGCAGCAGAAUGAGAGCCGAAGAUGAGGAGCUGCUGUCGGCGUUGAGCUGCGUUUCUACCCGGUUGGUUCCGUUGUCUCCGGUGAAGAGGACUUUAUAUUCAUCAGGACUGAAGCAGCGGGUCUGCAGAGCCAGGGUGCAUGAUGGGAUCUUUUCGGCGUCCCAGGCCCCGGUUUAUGAGUUCCCCGGUUCUGUCGGACCUCGCCCGGUUCCACGCCAGCUCACCUUCGCUGCAGAUCUCCAACACCAGCGUGUGGAACAGCGUCCAAUCAGCUGUGAUCAAGGUGUUCCAGGGUGGAGCGCUGCAGACUAACGAGCUGUUCACGCUCAACGAGAGCAUCAGGUGGCUCCUUAAAACUGAGAUGGGCUCCUUCAUCACAGAAUACUUCCAGAACCAGCUGCUGACUCGAGGUCUGUCUGAAAUCCUGGAUCAGGUCCUCCUUCACUCCGGUGACGACCAGCUCGCGGUCCUCGCCGACAUGUGGGACAGAUUCUUCACGGAGAUCCUCCCGACCCUGCAGGCCAUCUUCUACCCCGUCCAGGGUCAGGAGCUGACGGUGAGGCAGAUGGCCCUGUUGGCCUUCAGAGAACUGGUGCUGUUGAAGCUCCACCUGGAGGAAACUCUGAGAACUGCAGCCGCCGUCCCUCCAGCUGUCACACAGAUGCUGCUGGUGCUGCAGGGUAUCCACGAGUCCGGAGCUCCCAGUUUGGAGUAUUACCAGUUGGAGCGUCUGGUGGAGAUCGUCGUGUCUCCGUAUCUCAGCAACGUCCUUCACAACAGAAACCAGCUUCUGUUGGAGCCUUGCCAUCUGCGGUUGUCGGGGUCGUUGCUCGGCGACCAGCCAGAGAUCACCGUCACUCAUCAUCACAACUCCUCCGACUCGUCGUCGCUGGCCCCGCUGGUGGAGCAGGAGGGCGAGGCCUACCUGGAGAAGUCCGGCGGAGUGCGGCGCCACACGGUGGCCAACGCGCACUCUGACGUCCGGCUGCUGUCUGCGUCGGGCAGGAUGCAUGCUGGGACGGAGACGGGGACGGAGACGGGGACGGAGGAGGACAACGGGGUGGAGGGACUAGGCGAGGGAGGCGUCGGGUUUGUGGUGGGUAGCGGGCCGAUGAGUUCCAGGACGUUUUCCAGCCAACCGGACAUGGCGGAGUCUCGCAGCUAGCCGGAGGGGCUAAUGAGGGACCAUACGGAGGAAACAAGAGGACGGGGACAGGAAAUAACAGGACAUUAUGGGAAUUAAAACACAAGCGGAUCAGCCAGUAAACUACAGGAGACAUAAUGAGACAUGAUGGGACAAGAAAUCAGGACGGGAGGAGAGGAAACAAAACGAGGAAAACAACGGAAAACAUCCAGAGAGGAUGAAACAGAACCCAGAAAACAGGAAGGAUAGAACAAGAAAUAGGACGCAGUGCGACAGAAGAAGACAGGAAGUGAAUAGACAGUAAAAGAAAAGGACAGGAAGUAAUAUAACAGGACAGGAAACAGUAUAGAGGCGCUGAUCCAGGAUCAGGCUUUGUGUCUUCAAGUUUGGACUGAUCCGGUGGACAGAACCAGGUCGUCUUCAGGUCGUGUAAAUAAGUUUGUCUUUUAGGAUUGUUAAUGAUUAAUAAAGUUUAAUUAAAUUUAAA